AACGAACGAAAGGUGGUUGUCUUCUUUCCAGAACAAUCUAACGCUUUCUCGAACAUCUUCUUCUCUUCUCUCUGCGAUUGCGAAUGUGAGUUUUCUAAAUUUAUUUUUCCAGUCAUCAAUUUCUUCUAUUCGAACUUAUUUCCUGGGUAAAAUUUGGUCUUGCUCUGAGGUAUCAGAUGAGUAGCCGAUGGAAUCGUACGAUCUACGUUGGGAAUUUGCCUGGAGAUAUUCGCAUGCGUGAGGUUGAAGAUCUCUUCUACAAGUACGGUCCAAUUGUGGACAUUGAUUUGAAGAUUCCACCGAGACCUCCUGGUUAUGCCUUUGUCGAGUUUGAAGAUCCUCGUGAUGCAGACGAUGCAAUUUAUGGACGUGAUGGUUAUGAUUUUGAUGGGUGUCGUCUACGGGUUGAGAUUGCACAUGGUGGCCGUAGAGGUUCAUCAUCAGUUGAUAGGUACAGCAGCAGCUACAGUGGGAGCCGUGCACCUUCAAGACGCUCUGACUAUCGCGUGCUUGUGACCGGAUUACCGCCUUCUGCUUCGUGGCAGGACCUUAAGGAUCACAUGCGAAAAGCUGGAGAUGUCUGCUUCUCUGAAGUUUUCCGUGAUCGUGGUGGCAUGUCUGGGGUUGUGGAUUAUAGCAACUAUGAUGAUAUGAAGUACGCGAUAAGGAAACUUGAUGACACUGAGUUCCGAAAUGCUUUCUCUAGAGCUUAUAUACGGGUGAGAGAAUAUGAGUCGAGGAGUGUGAGUCGCAGCCCAUAUGAUUCUAGAAGUUAUAGAAGCAGGAGUCGGAGCCGUGGUCGAAGCUGUAGCUAUAGUAGCAGGAGCAGGAGUGUGUCACCUGCUAGAUCUGUUUCCCCGCGUUCACGGUCCCUUAGUCGUUCUCGUUCGCCAUACAGCUCUGUCUCAAGAUCUGGCUCACUGCUGCGAGCUGGGGAUUGGAUCUUAGGGACUUGAUGGGUCAUCUAGAUGGAUUCUUGGACUGGAUUUACAAAGCUGGAUUAGCAUGAACUUGAACUUCUGUUUUUCGGUUUGGUCUGGUCUGGUCUGGUACUCAGCGCGUAUCAGCUGGAGGAUCUGAUCGAAAAGUUUUGGAAUAUGAUUCCUCAAUAUAUUAUCUUUUUGACA